AGCCCAACAAUCGGUGUUUUAAUAAGCCCCCGGGUAAUCUUAUACACGCUAAAGUCUGAGAACCACUGCUCUAGAGAAAUGCACAAACGUUCCUUAGUGGAGAUUAAACAAAAGGCGAGGGGUUGGAGGGCGCGAAACGGACCUCAAGUGCAGGGCAGACGGCAUUUGAGAGGAAACUGGGAGAGGCCGGAGUGCGACUUGGGGAGUCUUAGCCUCCAAGGACUUUCCCGAACCCUGCGGACGCGGGGCGCCAGCAGGUGGCGCUGGACGCGCAACGGACAAGGAGGCGGGGCCUGCAGCAGGCUUGGAGGCUCCGCGCUCUGGAGGCUCAGGCGCCGCGUGGGGCCGGCGCCUCUGGGCAGCAGCGGCAGCCGAGACUCACGGUCAAGCUACGGCGAAGAGUGGGUGGCUGAAGCCAUACUAUUUUAUAUAAUUAAUGGAAAGCAGAAAAGACAUCACAAACCAAGAAGAACUUUGGAAAAUGAAGCCUAGGAGAAAUUUAGAAGAAGACGAUUAUUUGCAUAAGGACACGGGAGAGACCAGCAUGCUAAAAAGACCUGUGCUUUUGCAUUUGCACCAAACAGCCCAUGCUGAUGAAUUUGACUGCCCUUCAGAACUUCAGCACACACAGGAACUCUUUCCACAGUGGCACUUGCCAAUUAAAAUAGCUGCUAUUAUAGCAUCUCUGACUUUUCUUUACACUCUUCUGAGGGAAGUAAUUCACCCUUUAGCAACUUCCCAUCAACAAUAUUUUUAUAAAAUUCCAAUCCUGGUCAUCAACAAAGUCUUGCCAAUGGUUUCCAUCACUCUCUUGGCAUUGGUUUACCUGCCAGGUGUGAUAGCAGCAAUUGUCCAACUUCAUAAUGGAACCAAGUAUAAGAAGUUUCCACAUUGGUUGGAUAAGUGGAUGUUAACAAGAAAGCAGUUUGGGCUUCUCAGUUUCUUUUUUGCUGUACUGCAUGCAAUUUAUAGUCUGUCUUACCCAAUGAGGCGAUCCUACAGAUACAAGUUGCUAAACUGGGCAUAUCAACAGGUCCAACAAAAUAAAGAAGAUGCCUGGAUUGAGCAUGACGUUUGGAGAAUGGAGAUUUAUGUGUCUCUGGGAAUUGUGGGAUUGGCAAUACUGGCUCUGUUGGCUGUGACAUCUAUUCCAUCUGUGAGUGACUCUUUGACAUGGAGAGAAUUUCACUAUAUUCAGAGCAAGCUAGGAAUUGUUUCCCUUCUACUGGGCACAAUACACGCAUUGAUUUUUGCCUGGAAUAAGUGGAUAGAUAUAAAACAAUUUGUAUGGUAUACACCUCCAACUUUUAUGAUAGCUGUUUUCCUUCCAAUUGUUGUCCUGAUAUUUAAAAGCAUACUAUUCCUGCCAUGCUUGAGGAAGAAGAUACUGAAGAUUAGACAUGGUUGGGAAGACGUCACCAAAAUUAACAAAACUGAGAUAUCUUCCCAGUUGUAGAAUUACUGUUUACACACAUUUUUGUUCAAUAUUGAUAUAUUUUAUCACCAACAUUUCAAGUUUGUAUUUGUUAAUAAAAUGAUUAUUCAAGGA